CCUAAGUCUUCACCAAAAUCCCAAAGAACAUAGCUAAUAAGCUUUGCUAUCCCAAACAACAUAGCCAAGCUUUGCUAUUCCAUAAAACACAGCUAAGAAAAGAUGGUGUCUGCGAGUGACAUCCGCAAGGUUCAAAGAGCAGAAGGCCCUGCAACCGUAUUAGCGAUUGGCACAGCAAAUCCACCAAACUGUGUUGAUCAGAGCACAUAUGCAGAUUACUAUUUUAGAGUAACCAAUAGCGAGCACAUGACCGACCUCAAGAAAAAAUUUCAGCGCAUUUGUGAGAGAACACAGAUCAAGAACAGACAUAUGUAUUUAACAGAAGAAAUACUCAAGGAGAAUCCUAACAUGUGCGCAUACAAAGCACCGUCCUUGGAUGCAAGGGAAGACAUGAUGAUUAGGGAGGUACCAAGGGUUGGAAAAGAGGCUGCAACCAAGGCCAUCAAGGAAUGGGGUCAGCCAAUGUCUAAGAUCACACAUUUGAUCUUCUGCACCACCAGCGGCGUUGCGUUGCCUGGCGUUGAUUACGAACUCAUCGUACUCUUAGGGCUCGACCCAUGUGUCAAGAGGUACAUGAUGUACCACCAAGGCUGCUUCGCUGGCGGCACUGUCCUUCGUUUGGCUAAGGACUUGGCUGAAAACAACAAGGAUGCUCGUGUGCUUAUUGUUUGUUCUGAAAAUACUUCAGUCACUUUUCGUGGUCCUAGUGAGACAGACAUGGAUAGUCUUGUAGGGCAAGCAUUGUUUGCCGAUGGAGCUGCUGCGAUUAUCAUUGGUUCUGAUCCUGUUCCAGAGGUUGAGAAUCCUCUCUUUGAGAUUGUUUCAACUGAUCAACAACUUGUCCCUAACAGCCAUGGAGCCAUCGGUGGUCUCCUUCGUGAAGUUGGACUUACCUUCUAUCUUAACAAGAGUGUUCCGGAUAUUAUUUCACAAAACAUCAAUGAUGCACUCACUAAAGCUUUUGAUCCACUAGGUAUAUCUGAUUAUAACUCAAUAUUUUGGAUUGCACAUCCUGGUGGACGUGCAAUUUUGGACCAAGUUGAAGAGAAGGUGAACUUGAAACCAGAGAAGAUGAAAGCCACUAGAGAUGUGCUUAGCAAUUAUGGUAACAUGUCAAGUGCAUGUGUGUUCUUCAUUAUGGAUUUGAUGAGAAAGAAGUCACUUGAAGCAGGACUUAAAACCACCGGAGAAGGACUUGAUUGGGGUGUGCUUUUCGGUUUUGGUCCUGGUCUCACUAUUGAAACUGUUGUUCUCCGCAGUGUGGCCAUAUGAUGCAGUUUAUUAUAUCUCACUGCAUAUAUGUGAUUGUGUUACUUUUUAAUAAUUAUCUUUUACUUAAGAAUAAGGUUUUGAUUGUAUUGCUAGCAGAGUGAAAACUUAGACAAAAAUGUCUAACGUAAUUCUUUAUGUGAAGAUUUAUUAUCAACUUUUGUAACUAUUAGUUAACAAAUAUAUCAAAUUUUUUUCAAUUGAGCAA